AUGGCUCUCGAGACAUGGCUAAUUAAGGUAAAGAUCGCUGUCUCAAAUGGUCUUGACACAAUUAAAUUACACAAAAAUUCCACCAAGAAAUCUAACGUUCGUGUUCUAGCUUUAGAGAUCGCGGGUCUCAUGUCAAAGCUAAUCCAUCUUUGGCAAUCCCUUUCAGAUAAGAACAUCCGUCGUCUUCGCCAUGAAUCCAUUUCUCUUGAAGGAGUACGCAAAAUCGUGUCCAACGAUGAUGCUUUCCUAUUAUCUCUUGCUUGUGCUGAAAUGGUUCAGAAUUUAAGGCUUCUAGCCAAAUCCGUGUCCAGGGUGAGCAAACAUUGCAAAGACGAUGUGGGUCUCCAGUGUUUCCAUCACAUGUUCGAAGAAUUCUCCAGCAGAGGCCUUGACCCAAACGGGUGGGUGUUAAGCUGCAAAGAGAUGGAAUUGAAGCUAAAGAAGAUGGAUCGGUACGUGACACUAACUAUGAAUCUUCAUAAAGAGAUGGACGAGGUUUCAGAAAUCGAGCAUGGGUUGAAGAAAUUAAUGCAAAGCACCGACACUGUCAAAGAGAAGAAGAUAGCUGAUCUCCAACAGAAGCUCUUCUGGCACAAACAAGAAGUGAAGCACUUAAAAGAGAUUUCUUUAUGGGGGAGAAGCUUUGAUACUGUCACUUUAAUACUUGCUAGAUCAGUGUUCACUGUUCUAGCAAGAAUCAAGCUUGUGUUUGGCAUUGGACCAGCGAUCCAUGGCCCUUGUCUACCUCGAAGCCUCUCUGUAUCAGCCACUGUUUACCCUUCUGAAACUACUACUACAUGUAAAUUUGUUUCAGAAACCUUGACGAUGAAAGCAUCUAAACUUGAUCAUGACAAGGUGAACAAGCAAGAUGACCCGAUCAAUCAGAACAGGUUCCUUAAGCCACCACCAAGUACCUUAGGAGCAGCAGCUCUAGCUCUACACUACUCGAAUUUGAUUAUUGUGAUAGAGAAGAUGAUCAGAUCACCACAAUUGGUUGGUGUUGAUGCAAGGGAUGAUCUCUAUGCCAUGCUGCCUACAAGUAUUAGAGUGUCAUUGAGGGCUAGAUUGAGAGGUGUUGGAUUCUCGGCGAAUGAUCCGGUGCUUGCCGGAGAGUGGAGAGAAGCACUAGGGAGGAUCUUGGGUUGGUUAUCACCUUUGGCUCAUAACAUGAUUAAGUGGCAGAAUGAACGUAGCUUUGAGCAGCAGAAUUUGAUACCAAAGACAAAUGUUCUUCUUCUUCAGACACUAUACUUCGCAAAUCAAGCAAAGACUGAGGCUGCCAUUACAGAGCUUCUUGUGGGUCUGAAUUAUAUAUGGAGAUAUGAAAGAGAGAUGAGCUCUAAGGCUUUGUUGGAAUGCUCCAACUUACAGAAAUUGCAGACAUUUGGUUGAGGUCUGAGGAUGAUUCUUUUUCCUUUUUCUUUUUUUUUUUUUCCCUUCAAGUUUUAUAUGGAUUGGUUCAUCCAUUUUCCCCCCUUUA